AUGGAUGUCGGUACACCCCGAGGUAGGCCUGCUGGAGCUGCUGAUAACGCGUACACGCACAGGCGACCCUGGCGUGUGCAAAGCGAAGAUGUGAUUGAGAGCGUUUCGUGCAACCCUUCGCCUCGCUACACUGUAACCUGCCCAGGCGACAUCCUCUCCUCUCCCCCAAGCAGUGCACCUCUUUUUGGCUGCUCCGCUUUUGCAACGUUUGACAACCUAUACACACCAUUCUCCCAAAAGUCUCAAAUGACUACAGCGGCUGCCAUCCCCGUUAUCAGCAACUCCAAUCCACACAAGCACAUUCGGCUGUGCCAUAAUGUUCCUUCGUCUGUCCCUCGUUCUCUACCUGGACCUGCUGACCUGGCACAACCUGAACUUUCAGCGUCAGGGGCUAUGAUCUGGGCCCCUGCCAGCACUCAAAACGCCGCUCCAGUGUUAGGCACCUUUGGCCUCCCUGUCCCAGGCGCAAGGGUGGCAUUAGUUGGACCUCCAACUGUUUUUUUCAGCAACAGCGGAAAUUGGCAGAUCAGUGGUGCUUCUCCUGUAGGCAUGCAGCUGGGAGUUGAACGUGUCUGCGCUGCUACCUCCAGUGGCCUACCUCCUCUGCGAACAAGCCUGAAAGAUGCACCAGAAGAGGUGGUAGAAGAGAGACGAAAAUGUGACGAGGGCGCUGCAGUCUCAAGGGGCAUGAUGCAUGGCGAGUCAGAGGAGAAUAAUGAGGGCGAGAAAGGAGAUGAAUGUGGAGAGGUUUUCACGGAAGCCACUCAUGCUUCGAAACCCGCUUCGUCUUCCGAGCUUUCCGAAUCCCUUCCGAAUAACCGUCGCAUGCUGUCGCCGACGAGUCGUCGCCUGCUGUCGCGCGACGGCGGCGGCUUCAGCGACAGCGAGAUGGAGGCGAUGCACGACAGCAUGUGGCGCUGGCGCAACUCCAUGGACCGCUCGCGCCGCAGGGGCGGAAGAGGCGGCGGAAUGAUGGGCGGAAGAGGCGGCGGCGGAAUGAUGGGCGGAAGGGGAAAGGCGGAAAAAGAUUCCGCGGAAAAGGAAGCUUUCCCCGAGGGCGACUGCGGGGGAAACGGUGGCGGAGAGAGUCAGGAGGCCCCCCAUUUGGAGCUGAUUCGACGAAGCAUGCGAGCCGUUGGAUUGAUUGCGGGAAAUUCUGGGGAUUUGACGAGCGCCGCCGCCACCACCACGAACGGCGGCAGCAGCAGCAGCGUGAAGCGCUUCGGAGGAAGGCGAAUGAGUUUUCCUCUCAUGCAUAUGCAUCAUGGACGCAUGCACGUGCCCAUGAUGGGUAUGGGUAUGGGUAAUAUGAACGAACAUCCGAUGCAUUUUCGUGCGGAUACUGAACCUCCCGAGGUUGCUCCUCUGCGCAGUUCGACUCCCUGCGCGUUCUUCUCAUCCAUCUGUGACUUCUUCCGCCGUGUAUUCGGUGCGCCUUCUCCCGCAAUCGAAUUGCCCUCAAACGAGGAUACCGUGGUUGGAUCUAGUGGAAUCGGCGCGGAGUACCCGCGGAGAAUGAUGCGCGGCAGAGCAGCGUUGGACACGGCAUCGAUGAGCACGUUUGACGCGUUUACGAACAGCCUCGUUAAUGGCCUUGUUAUGGAAAACGAUCAGGAGCAUGCCAUGACUGAUGUGCCUGGUAUGGAUGAAAUGAUGGGGGAUAGGGAUGGUACGAUGAUGGAAGGGGAUGAUAUGAUGAUGGAGGGGGGUGAUAUGAUGAUGCAGGGUGACAAGGAAAAUGUGAUGAUGCCAACUGGGGAUGGCAUGGUUGGAAGGCAUAUGGAUGACAAGGAGAUGGAAGAGAUGGAGGGGAUGAUGGGGGGGAAUAGGAUGAUGCUGAGAGGUGGUAAUGCAUAG